AUGCCAUGGCGGCUUGCUUGUGCAGGAGUAGUAAUACAUUUAGUGCUAAUAUAUUCAAUCUUCGAUAUCUAUUAUACAUCCCCUAUAGUAACCGGUGUACCAGCUCACGAAAUCACUACUCAACAAGCUCCAGCUAAACGAUUGGUGGUGAUCACUGCAGAUGGAUUGCGCUUGGAUGCAUUUUCAAAGAAUCCGGACAAGUCACCGUUCUUGCAUUCGAUAAUUAGAGAGCGCAAGGGAAUGUCCGGUACUUCGCGAACUCAUGUUCCUACUGAAUCUCGACCCGGCCAUGUUGCUAUAUUUGCUGGAUUCACAGAGGACGUCAGCGCUGUAGCUCGAGGAUGGAAGCACAAUCCUGUCCCUUUUGAUAGUGUAUUCAACAGGUCGAAGCAAGCAUUUAUGUGGGGUAGUCCAGACAUCGUAAAACUCUUCGACAGCUCACCACAAGUCCAUUUGUUCAUGUACGACGAAAAUGACGAAGAUUUUGCUUCUAAUGAUGCUUACAAACUAGAUGAUUGGGUGUUUGAUCAUGUCGAAGCCUUUUUCGACGAGGCGAAGAAUAAUUCAGAAUUAUCACAGAAUAUAUCUGCAGAUAGGAGCGUAUUUUUCCUACAUUUACUUGGAUUGGAUACGAAUGGUCAUGGGAACAAACCAUACUCAAAGGAAUACACAGAUAACAUUGCAGUGGUGGAUCGUGGAAUAGAGCGUAUGCAUCGUGUAUUUGAAGAAUUCUUCAAUGAUCAAUCUACUGCAUGGAUUUUCACAGCUGAUCACGGAAUGACGGAUUGGGGUUCACAUGGUGCUGGAAGCGACGAGGAGGUGCUAACGCCGUUUGUUGCCUGGGGAGCGGGAAUCCAAAAAGGAGGUGCAAGGUCUACUAUUGCACAGGUAGACCUUACACCGCUGUGUGCGUCACUAAUAGGCAUUCCUGUCCCAGUGAAUUCGAUGGGAGUUCUACCUCUUCAGAUACUCGAUGUCACACCGAAAUAUCUUUUCAAAAGCGCUUUCUCAAAUUUUCUUCAGCUCAAGGAACAAUUUAUGGCUCUAAGAGCUGAAAAAGCAAAGCGUCUGUGGUUCUCAGAUUUCGAUCAUUUUGGCUUGCGAGCACUUGAAGCUCUCGAAAAAGAACUAGUGAGAUUAGCUAGGCUACGACGAUUUGCUGCUGCUUCCGCAUUGUUCGUUGAGAAUGCCGGAUCAAUUAAAAGGGCAAUAUUCCAUUAUCAUCGUUACGAUCGCAGUUUCCUUGGUGGAGGAAUUAGUUGUUGCUUCAUAGCUUGGAUAACGCUCGUGUGGUGCUAUCUCACAAGGGAUCGCUCCGUUUCCUUGUUUGCGAGACAAACGCUGACUCCUAAUCGCUUUUUUCUUGGUUCAAUUCUUUUCACUCUGAUAUUCUGUUUAUACUGCAAAUUACCGUUGUCCAACUUCAUAUAUUUGUUGCUACCUGUUUAUCUGUUUUCGAUAAUAGAAAAUGUUCUUAAUGUAACUCAUGAAGCGUACGCGUUUAUCCGCAAUUCUAUUGCAAACUACGCAACCACUUCAUUUGCAUUCCUGCUAGGACCCUUCCUAGCAUUUGUUGGGACAAGUGUGCUCCUUUUCAUUUUCGUCAUUGUUUUCAUUGACCGUCGAUUCCUUGCCGCCAUAUUCCUGAUGUUGGCAUUUUUACCAAGUCUUUAUGAGUCGAAAGUAACGCACGAGUGGUCACGUAUCUGGCGUAUAUGCUGUGUUCUUCUUUCCCCUUUCCCGUUUUUUCCCAACGUUGGAAAGUUCGAAAUGCACUGGCUGUGUGUACUGGCACCAGCACUUUUUGCGCUUUCGCUUAGGUACCUUGGAAGGCACCCAAUGUUAGUGAAGAAACACGAAGAUUUAUACAAAUUAUCAGGGAUGCUGUUCAUUACCGCAGGACUGAUAUUAAUCUCGAGCUACUUCUUCCAAAAGCCACCCGCUGUUCUGCGUUUAGUUUCUUGGUGCUCGUUACCCCUUUCACUUAUACUUCCAUUGUUCUCGCCGCUCACUAUAGUUGACAAGAGCAUUUGGUACAUAAGUUCACUUUUUCUACCAUUUUCCCUACUGUCCAUAGCAUAUGAAUCGAUUUUCACUCUGUGUUUUCUGCCGCUACUCUUCUUGUUUCUUCGCUUUGAGUUCGGUCACCUCUCUGAUGUGGAAUUUCUACAUCUUAGAACCGACCAAUCAGUGGAUGGAGUUUGCGUAUCAAAAUCAACGAGAGUCAGUGGAGCAGAAGUGAGAAGAGCUGUAACUUGUGUCUGUUUCGUGCUGGCAUCCCUUUUUGGAACUGGAAAUUUUGCGUCGUUGAACUCAUUUAAUCCAUCAACUCUUGGCAGAUUCAUAUCAGUAUUCAGCCCUUUUACAAUGGCUGCCUUGUUAGUUUUGAAGCUGUUUAUACCACUUUUAAUGGUUUCGUUGUUGUUCUCAGCAGUUCUUCGAUUCGACAGAGAAGCAAUUCAACGACUAUCAUGUCUAGUGCUUAUUAUUACGGAUCUCAUGGCUAUGUGCUUUUUCCAUCAACUCAAGGACGACGGCAGUUGGUUGGACAUCGGCUUAAGCAUAUCUCAAUAUUUGAUUUCGAUGUGUAUGUCUGUUGGUGUAUUACUGUUAUUGCUUUGUGCUAGUCAUCUAAUGACAACCUCCUUAUCCUGGCAUAGUAUCCAGAAUUUUAGAAAUGGGUUAACGCUGAAAAGCAAAGAAAACGAGUGCUUGCUUUAA